AAUACUGCAUGAGAAGUCCCUGGGUUGGUGGCUUGGUUCAUUUGUUUCAUCACAGCAGGACUUUUUGAGGUCACUUCUGUGAUUGUCCUGAGCAGGAGUCAAAUAGCCAGAUGCAGGGAGGGAUUUGAGAUAUUUCAGGCCUGGCAAAGAGCCGUUUUAACCCUCUGAGAAGAACCACAGAGGUUGCUAUAGGAUCGGGGGAAGAUGUGUUCAUUUCUACAAAGAAAAAAAAAGCAGACCCAAACAUGGAACAAAAAGUAGCACCCAGGAUUUAGAGUGAGGGGCUGUUAAGGUCUGGUCCCACCUCCCCCCCCCCCCCCCCCCCAAUAUGUGCAGUGUGGAAAGGAAAACUGAGAUUGAGCAGCCAUCGUUUGGAAUGUGAUGGGAGGGGGAGUGACAGUUGGAGUGGGAAAAGAGUCUUGUGGGAGAAACUGCUGAAAAGAAGGGUCUUUGUCCUCUGAACAAUGUUGAGUGAGGAGCUAAGGACCUUGAGCUCUAGAUUCCGACCUGUGGAAAAGCCUUGCCUCCAUUUCCCUUACCCAGAAGAAAGAGAGAAGAUUCCUGAAUGUCUGAGAGUAUCAGCUAGAGGAAGAACCAAACAACUGCUGCUGAAAGGGGCCGAUCCCUCAAACUUCAAGGGGUCACCCUGACGACCCUUUCUCUCCCUCGACCUUCCCGAGAAGGACACUUGCCAUCUGUUUAGUUGGGAUAGAGACCGUGAUUAGAGAAGAAGAAGAAAGAUAAGCCGAAGCCGAGCCAUUUGGGCUCAGCUGAAGAAGCAGCAAAGACAACUUGUAGGGUCUCCUAUUCCCACAAACCUCUCCCCUUUCUCUUAUUACUAGGAGGAUUCAACCACUUUUAAAAAUAGAAACUCGAAGUCUGAUUCAAAUUGAAGGGAAGACAAAGAAAGAGAGGCUGAUGGGCUAGGCUAGCCAUUUAGCCUUGGCUAACAUAACAUGCCCCAGGGGUACCUCUCCCUUGACCUCAGCAGCCUCCAUAUUCCUGGCACCUCAAUCCUUACCGCAGGCACAGAGGCAUUGAAUCACAAUGAGGAUUUGGAAAUCAGCAAACACUGUAAAUCCGGGCUUGAUUUAUUGUUUUGUUGAUUGUCUAGACUUGAGAAAGUGAUCAAGAAAAUGUGAAUAAUGCAGUUUAAACUUAAAGGUGGCUUCAUCAGCUUCAACGGGUCGUGGCGGGUGCAGGGCAUCCUGGCCAUGUCGCGCUCGCUGGGCGACUACCCCCUGAAGAACCUGAACGUGGUCAUCCCGGACCCGGACAUCCUGACCUUCGACCUGGACAAGCUGCAGCCCGAGUUCAUGAUCCUGGCGUCGGACGGCCUGUGGGACGCCUUCAGCAACGAGGAGGCCGUCCGCUUCAUCAAGGAGCGCCUGGACGAGCCGCACUUCGGGGCCAAGAGCAUCGUGCUGCAGUCCUUCUACCGCGGCUGCCCCGACAACAUCACCGUCAUGGUGGUCAAGUUCAGAAGCAGCAGCAAAGCGGACGAGCAGUGAGCGCGCCGCGCCUCCCGGAGGGGGCGGCCAAGGGCGAGCCUCCUCGCUCCCGCCGGCCCUUCCUCUCCUCCCCUUCCCUCGCCAGGCUUCCCGGCCAGCUAGAAGGGCGGCCGCCCCCGCCAGGGCCGGGCUGACUUUGAGCCCCUCCGACGUCCCUUCAGGUUCCAGACUGGACGCUGCUUCGGAGAGCGCCCGGCCGCGCGGGGCAACGCCUCGCGCCGGCCUCCGGCUGUCCUGACCCUGGCAGCCUGGAGGGGGUUGUCACAGCCGUCUGCGCUUUCUGGGGCCUGGGGGGCAGCCUCGGACCCAGAAACGCCCUCGCCCAGCAUCCCGGCCCGCCCAGCCCCGCUUCCUGGGCCGUCCUGGGGGGCCCUCGCCCGUCAGAGGACCCCUGGAGGAGGCCGGCAGGAUCCCCGGCGCCCAGCCGCCCUCUGGAGCUCGUGCUCCCGGGGCGGCAGAGGGCGUCCUUCUGGUCCCCCUCCCGGUCCUGGGGCUCCCUCGGGGCCGCAGUCCCCCGAGUUUCCAUGGCCAGCGGCGGGGACCUGUGGCAGCCGUCAGUCCCGAGCACAACUCGGACGGGAGCCCCAGCGGGUGGGCUGCUCGGGGCGGGGAGGCCCCCCAGAACGUGGAUUCAGGGCCCGGGGCCUCCGGCUCCAAGUCCAGCGGCUUCUCCGCGUCUGGAGCUCUCACAGAUGCCGGGAUGGGGCCAGCCUGGAGGCGGGGGUGCUGGCUGGGGGCCCGGCCAGUCUCUGAGCCCCCGCCGGAUACGAAGGCAGGCAGGGUCUGGAAGAGGUCAGGGGAGAAGAGAGCCCUCCGCGGGGGUGGUCAGAGCCGGCCUGAGCCGGACCUGGAGAAGAGCAAAGGUUCGGACGGGCGGGGGAGGAAGGGGGGGCUGCUCCCGCUUCUUGAGCUCCCGGGGUGCUGGGGGAGGCCAGGGAGCCGGCGGGCCAAGCACGAGGAGGACCCACCGUGGGAGGCGGCCCUGGGCCGUGGGAGGCUCCUGAGCCUCCUACGGCGGGCCCGGGAUGCGAGGCUCUCGCCUGGUGCCAGGGGCAGCCUUUGAACCCCGCUCUCGUACCCUGUCCAUCAUGUCCUGCUGCCCCGAGCGGAUGCCCCGAUCGCUCCUGUCCGUUGUGAUCCGGAGAGCAUUCCUGGCCAGGCGUGGCCACAAAGAGCUCUUUUCUGUCCACCUUGGUCCAGAGAGCGGUCCAGGAGGCCCUGGGAACGGGAUCUCCCUGGCGCCAGUGUGGCCGCUCUCCUGGGGCCCAGAGCCCAAUGCUUCUCUAGAAAUAAGCCUCAGGACGCCCCGUAGGCCAGCACAGGGCUGGAGGGGGUGCGGACCAUGCGGGGAGCCCAGGGAAGGCCAGGAGCAUCUUGAUUCUUUCCCCACCCCCAAACUUGUCCAAAAGAAAAAGUCCCUCCCAAAGCUCCGGCCCUGGAGGAUCGUGUAGAGAGCCGGCCGGCCUUAGAGGCCCCCGAUGCACCGCGUCCGGUCCCUCGUCUUCCCGCCACCCUGAGACCCCGAGAGAGGGCGGACGUGCCCAAAGUCACAGAAGCAGCAUCAAUCCAGAAGGCAAAGGCGGUUACAAAGUGCCUACUGUGCCAGGCCCAGGCAGUGCCAAGGAGGAAGGGAAGCCUCUGCCCUCACGGCCAGCCCCCUCGGCCAGCGGAAGCCAGGGCGGCCCUUGUCUCCUCCCGGGUUCUCCGCUGGGCCCAGGCUCACCGGGGAGGCUCUUUGGGAGGAUUCCAGAAGCCCCUUUCCUUUCUGGCUCGUCCCUGAACAGAGCUUCCCCUCGUCUUGCCCAGCCGUUGGCUCGUCACACCAGACUAAGCUACUCUGCCCCAAGCCUGCCACACGCUUCUGCCGUCUUACUAGAUGGCUGUGGUUCCAUCACGGAGCUCCCCCCCGGGGUCCUGACUGGCUGCCCCCACAGGCUCCUUGCCAUGGCACUGGCUGUUACUGGCCGCGACCCAUCCUUAGAGCAUUCGGGCUUUUAAAACUUCAUAUGGAUUUUCGGUUGUUUUUACAGCACCCACAUUUUCCUCCCCCUCCUUCCCAGAGAGCCUCCCUCUAGGAGAAAGAAUAUAAGAGGAUAACGGAAAAGCAGCGUCACAAAAGUAGCCAAUCCGUCCAGAAGAGCCCAACGUUGUAGGAGGCCUUCCAUACCCAGGCCCCCCGCCUUGCUUUUGCCAAGUCUUUAGGUCAAGCUUGGUCGUGUUUCCAGCAUUCAAUUUUGAGUCUAAUAAGAGGAUUUAUAACCAAGGAUGGAUCCUUUCAGGACUAGUCCAAAGGGUUUGACUUUCUAGCAAAAGCAGCAUAAAGAAUCCUGUCUUAAUAGUUCAGAUAAUACUGAAUAGAUUGAGAAGCAAAGCCGUCACAAAAGAGCUUAGCUUCCAUCUAAGUAUGCCUUGCCAUCCCUGAGAGAGAGAGAGAGAGAGAGAGAGAGAGAGAGAGAGAGAGAGAGAGAGAGAGA